AUGGAUACCAAAAGGGACACUAAAACAACAAAAGCCAGGCCGGCAGCGACACACGCGCCGGUGAGGGAUGUGACGCCAACCAGUGAGCAUCCCUCCAACAACCACAACCGACAACCUGCUGCGCUCCCUUGCGCGCAGGUAAACAACAAUGACCCGUUGGACCUGUCCAAUCUCAAAGCUACCAUGCCGCCCUGCACCCGCCCUGCGGAAGCACUGUGGCAGGUGGUGGAGAGGAAGGGUAAACCCAAAAAGGAUACGCUGGCCAGGCAGACCACACAGGCGCCGAGCACCCCAGGAAGGGAAGGCCUCGAGAAACUCUCGAGAGGCCAGCGUAGACGACGAGCGCGCGCUGAGCGGCUGCGCCGGCUUGAAGAGGCGGUCGCGAGAAGGGCACAGCCAGAGGUCCCACGACCAACGGCCCCGGCGAGGUCAGCAAUGGCCAAAGCCGCCCCGACGUCUGAGCCGAACCAAGGCGCGGGACCCAGUUCCGCUGCCAGCGCGGGAAUCAAUUCCGCUGCAGGUGACGCGGAAGGCGGGGGGGCUUCUCGCGGUCGCCCCGGAGAGUCUGGCGGCGCCGCCAGCAAUGAAGCAGCUGCAAUGAGAGCAGUCCCGCGUGGGAAACGCGGGGGCAGACCGAGAUGGGUGAGGCGGGAAGAGGCCGCGCUGGAAUCUCGACCGGCGAAGGGGGGUAAGAGGGCUAGACCCGACGACUCUCUGACGCCGCGAGAGAAAGACAAGCGCGCCAAACUAAGCCGGUCAUCCCUAGGACCAGGAGCGGUCAACUACGCCGACGCGCUGAGGUCUAACGACCUUUGCGUGGCCGUGCGGUAUGACCCUCACCGCGCCAUCACAGAAGAGCAGUAUCAGCUCAUUCAGGAGAGAAUAAUGGAGGAGUACGAUACAACUAUCUUCUCCACCGACCCCACAGUGCGGACGCCAGCGUUCAGAGGAAGAACCUUCCUCAGCGAAGGCGUCAUCAAGAUGUGGUGCGAGGACGAGUUCGCCCUGAACUGGCUGCGCCGCACGACUAAUAAGAUACCCUCGCCGAUACCCGGCACCAAGCUGGUCGUAUGUCGGCAAAGGGAUAUCCCACAACGUGUCAAGGGGGCGGUCUACGUCCCCGACUUCACCGACGGCGACGUAGACCGCCUCCGCAUCCGUCUACACAAAGCCAACGCCGACACCUACGACAUCAACAGCUGGUGUCUAUAUAACGCACAGCGUACGCCCGAAUGCGACGGGAUCAGGCUACUGCUGGGGAUACCCAUGCAGGAGGCCGAAGUCCUGAAGCAAAAGGAACGGCGCUUGCGUUAUAAGCUAGGGUCGGUCUACGUUAAAUUCGUAGACGAAAAAGAAGAGGACGACAACAAGGGGGAAAAGGCGCCCAUCACCAACGCACCGAACGACGAGCCUCUUAACCUCGCCCCUGGCGAGGCAACAGAGGCUCCAGUAGAGGCGGUUACCAGCGUCCUGCGACACCCGGGUCCAUCCAUGGACCAGGAGAUGUCUGCAGACACGCCGGCCCGGCCCCGGGAAUCUACCCCGGAGGCUGUCGACUGGUGGAGGCGCGUCGAGAACGAGGCGAGGGAGGAGAUGCUGCUGGGUAGUGAUGGACCCGACAGCUCCCCGACCAAACCCCAUUAAAGCCAUUCAGGCCAACCUCCAGCACAGCCGGACUGCAUCGGCCAUGUUGUGCAGGCAGCUGGAGGACUCUACGGAGACCAUAGCCCUAAUCCAAGAGCCGUGGAUUAGGAAGGGCAGGAUUUGUGGUCUCACCAACACAGGACACAAACUGAUUGUCAACAGCACCGGAUCUCACGGCUGUGAGGCUCCUGGUAGACCCAUCCAAUAGCCUAUCGAGUGUCGUAAUAGCAUCUGCCUACCUGCCGGGCGACGAGGUCACACCGACGGCUUCGCUGGUCGCACUAAUCACCCGGUGCGAAGAAGAAGGUCUGGAACUCAUCAUCUCAGCGGACUGCAACGCGCAACACGUCAUUUGGGGCAUGGAUAAGUCCAACGCGAGAGGUGAGGAACUCAUGAAUUACCUUUUUUCCACUAACCUUAAUAUCCUCAACAGGGGCUCAAAGAAGACCUUUGUAACCUCAAGAGCGCAAACAAUAAUCGACAUCACCCUAGCCACCGAACGGAUAUC